CUCAAAUGGCGACCAGCUGACGGCGCAGGUGGGUUCCUUGUCAUGGCGGCUGGAUCCAGUGUCUGGGCAGAUUUGUUCAACCAGCUGCCUGCGACGCCCACGGACUAUCCACCCUUAGACGAAAGGAAGUAUCCGGAGCGCUUUACGGACGACAUCUUUCGAGAUGAAUUGCCGGAAUUGGAGUUUCGAUUAGAAGAGGCAUGUGUCAAGGGCUCGAUCCAGGAGGUGCACGAUCUCAUUUUGAAAGGUGCCGACAAGAAUGCUCCGUUGGACAAGGAACUCAAAACCCCGCUGAUGAUCGCCUGUCAGCUCGGUUGGUUUCAUUUGGUCAAGUGGCUGGUGGAAUUUGAAGGCGUUGACCUCGAUGGCCCUGUCUCGCGCUGUGGCUUUCGCGCCAUUGACUACGCUGGGAAGGAGCAAUUCCGAUGGCCAAACGAAGAGGUGGAGAUAGCUGACUACCUCAGGAGUUUGGGUUCCAACUACACCUGGUGGGGCGCCUGCUUUGCCGGAGACAUCCCCCGAAUCGAUGAGUUUCUGCAGAACGGCCAGGACAUCAAUGAAGUCAAUCCGGUGCUAUGGAACUACAACGCAGUGGACUGUGCCAUCCACGGCGGCUGCGGAAAAGCUGCGCAAUUCCUGGUGGCGCGUGGUGGCAUCAUCACCGUGCGAAACUGUCAUAUCCCAGUGUGGGAAGAUAUGCUCUGGAGCUUGGGUCGCGGAGAUGCUUUCAUGUACAAGGAGAUGGGCUUUGAAGAAGGAACCUUCACAAAGCUCUGAGCAGCGCGGCAAGCGACCUGGUCGCCUAUUCAAACCGAAAAAGAACAAGUCAAGUGGAGAAGACAUCAAAGGUCAGAG